UAUUUUAUACAUGGAUGAUGUGAGGGGCAUAGUUUUUUUUUAUUAUUUGGGCCUCUUGCACCAUCUCUCCAGCCAUUUGCUUCGUAAAAUAUACAAUACUUCGACUGAACUGACAUGUAUUUGACAGGAUUUUUCAGUGCAGAGACCUCUUGUUAGUGGGGACUGCAAGAAAAAAUUCACUAAAAGUGUGAGUGAAAGAGAAGCCCAGCUGAUAAUUUUGAGGAUGUGGCUGUUCUCAGGAACCAAAUCCCUUCAGUGAAUCAGCACUGACUGGGGCUGGGAACCUGCAGAGCCAGAGACUGCAACUCCGGGGAAGCGUGAAUUCGGCCGCGCGCCGAGGCUCUGACUCCCGAUUAGAUGAAGAGGUCUGAAGUAAAAUUGCUGAAGCUGCUAUGGCAUUAAAUCUUCUAAGAGCGUUUCAUUUUAAUUCAACUGAGUUACAAACAUACAACUUUUUACAAAUUGUGAAGCGGCAAUUGUGUCCCCGCAAGAACCUUAACAAAAUUCUGUAUCCACAAUGUAGCCAGAUUUUGUCAACUGGACCUCUAAAGGCAUGGUAUCAACGGGUUCCUCAGAAAGGAUACCACAAUGUGGUCAGAGACCAGCCUUGCUGCACUUUGGGGACGGUGUGCCUCCAUGGGGACGCUGGGGAGAACUUUAAGUUGGACGGCAAGCAACAUGCACCCUGUAAUGAACAGAAUUUUUUGAAACAUUUAAACAACUGUAAAACCGUAAAACACAUCCUUAAAUUGCUGAACUCGUCAGCGUCCAUUAUAGACACAAUGGCAGCUGCCGCCUUGCUUAAAAUAUCACAGAUUGAAAGAGAUGGGAAUGGACUGAAGACCCCUGCAGUACUGCUACAGGAUGAGGUAUUCAAGGCAUUGUGUUUCCAGUUUGAGCAUGAAUCUUUGAGGCUCAGCAAUGCAGCACUAGUGACUGCACUGUAUGCUUAUGUUCAAUUGUAUGUGGACCCACAGAGCACUCUCAUGGUGCGAUUACUGUCAGAAUGUCAGGUGCGGCUCAACAAAGGACAUAUGUUCAUUAAAGACUUGUGUUUGCUGGGCAAGGCCUUGCUGGAUUUGGAGGGCCCAGGAUGUAGAAUGCUUAAGCAAAUAAUGGAGGAAAUUCAAGGACAGAAAGUGGAUGACUGGACAUCUGAAGAGAUAGCAAUGGUUUAUAAUUUGCUGAAGGCUGGUGUGGGGGAAAGAGGAAAUUACCAGCAGCUGUUGAACAAAAUGAACACCCACACUCUUCAUUUAGCUUCCAGGCUGGGCCAUAAAGCCAAAAAUGACAUACUUCAUGCAAUGGUUGUCCUCAAGCAAACCCAAGCAAUUCCUUUGGUGAUUAACCUGUGUAAACAUUCAGUGAGACAUGUCCCUCAUUUCUCAGAUCAGGAACUCAUUGUGGUACUGAAUGCUCUAAUGUACUUUGGACACAGCGACAGAUUUUUCACUGAUGCUCUGGAGAGAAAUGUUCCCAAAAAAGCCUUUGUCAUGCAGCCAGAAACAAUCAGCAAAGUGAUGCAGUAUUGCAACCAGCGGCGGAUCCUGUCACCACCCAUAUUUGAUGCAGUUGCUGAGAGUUUUGUUUACAAUUCAGAUAAUUUUACAACUAAAGAGAUUGCCUUACAAAUUAUGCCUUUUGGCAAGCUGAAUUAUCUGCCACCAAAUGCAGGCCAGUUCUUUCGAAAGAUUGAAAACUUAUUAAGGGGACGAUUUUCACAAUUUCAACCGCGUACUCUGCUGAACCUCCUCCAUUCGUGUAUAUUAAUAGAACGCUUUCCUGUGAAUUUUGUAGCCAAAAUCUUUAGUCCAUACUUUCUGCAACAGCUGGAAGCAGAAGGAACAGGCUUUGACAAGUUUGUCCUUGCCCAGCUGACCCAGCUGUUCAUGACUAUGAAACUGGAGUGUCAAACAUAUGAGGGUCCUAACCUUCCUCCAAAGUAUCGAGUGAAAUCAUUUCUUACACCAGGCCACUCAGUGGAAAGCCUGGUGGAUGAACAUCUCUACAACAAAGUUAAGAAUGCUCUGACGGAUCUUCUUGGAGCAAGGAGUUACUUUGCUUCCCGUGUGCUCACACCAUAUGGGUAUACAUUAGAUGCUGAGAUUAAACUGGAUGAAGGAGGAUAUGUGCUUCCCGCCUCUCAGCGUGAAGAAGUCUUCAGGAGAAUAGCACUAUGCAUUGAUGACCAGAGAAGGUUCUCUGUAAACAGUCACAAUCUGCUUGGUAAGGAAAUCAUCAAACAGAGGCAACUGCGACUGCUGGGCUACGAUGUUAUACAGAUACCAUUCCAUGAAUUUGACAGACUGAAGAACAGUGAGGAGAUGGUAAAAUACCUUCACAAGAAGAUCUUUCCAUACAGCUACAGACUUGCUUGGUGAAGAAACUAAAACAAAGUGCCAAUUAAUUUCCACCUUAGUAAUUUACAACGUCAGCAAAAAGACAAUAUGUAAUGGUGGAUGUCCUACUGCAGUGUUUAAUUUCUUGAAUACAAUUAUAUAAAUAAAAUUACUACUGAAAA